UUCAAAGCCAGGAUUUCCUUUGAGGGGGAAGGAAAGAAGGAAGGAAAAAAGGAAGGACCAGCAGGGAUCCGUCCUGCGACCCCAGAAAUGGUCCCGUGAAGGAAGAGGCUCCUGGAGACCCCCAGAGUCCCUGGUGCCCUUUGGAGCUGUUCUGCGGGAAAGAGGAAGGAUGGAGACACACCCUUUGGCCAAGGAGGGGAGCGGGAAAGGCCCUGCGGCUCUUCGGCCUGAGAGCUUUGGGGAGAGCUGGACCAGAACUGGGCAGAAGGUCCUGCAGGAGGGAAUCCUCCUCCCUUCAGAAGUUCCACCCUGGACCUCCAUCCAAUACCAGGAGGCUGAGGGUCCCCGAGAACUUUGCAGCCGACUCCAUGACUUGUGCAGGCGAUGGCUGAGCCCAGGAAAGCACAACAAAGCCCAGAUGCUGGACCUGGUGGUUCUGGAGCGGCUCCUGGCUCUCCUGCCCCCAGAGAUGGAGGGCUGGGUGCGGGAGUGUGGAGCAGAGAGUAGUUCCCAGGCGGUGGCUCUGGCGGAAGGCUUCCUCCUGAGCCAGGCAGAGGAGCAGAAGGAGCAUCUCCAGAAGCAGUCACACAGUGUGGAGAUAAGAGAUCCUGAGGGAAAGAAGAACCCAUCAAAUGCCCCUCAGGAGCUAUUUUUCAGGAGGAUCCCUUGGGAAGAUCCAAGUCAGGACACCUCAGGAGAGAAACAAAGAAUGAAGCUUUCUGGUUUUUAUGAGGGAGAUCAAACGGCUGUUGAACCUCCACAUCAAGAGGGUCUUGUGUCCUUCAAGGACGUGGCUGUGUAUUUCUCUGAGGAGGAAUGGUCUCGGCUAGAUCCUGACCAGAAAGCACUGCAUUCAGAAGUCAUGCUUGAAAACCAUAGGAAUGUGGUCUCUUUGGGUAAUAAUGGGCAGGAGAAUCAAGAUUCCUAUGAAUUGUUCCAAGUGAUCAAUGCUAAAGAUGGAACGGAGAAGUUUGGAAUUCAAAUAGAAUUUGAAAGCCAUGAGAGAAACCAGUCAAAAAAUUGCAACCAAGAAAGCUCAUCUUCCAGUGAGGCUCCGAUGCAAGACUUUCUUGCCCAACAAGAGAAAAUAAGGAAAAAAUAUACUGGAAAAAGUGUGAAGCUAUUCAAAGGUAAAGUACAAGUAAGUGAACACUAUUUAACCCAAAACAAAAGAGAAGAUGCUAUAAGAAGACACAAUGGACAAAAUUGCAAUGGAACAUUUGUUCUUUCUCUUGGGAGUAACUUCCUUACAUCUCAAAAAGCGAUGGACACAAAAGAGAAGCCUUAUAAAUGUUUGGAAUGUGGAAAAUGUUUUAGAACAAGCUGGGAAUUUAGUUCCCAUGAAAGGACCCACAUGGGGGAAAAGCUCUACAAAUGCAUGGAGUGUGGAAAGACUUUUGCUCAUAGCAAUACACUUACUAUCCAUAAUAGGAUCCACACAGGGGAGAAACCAUAUAAAUGCAUGGAAUGUGGAAAGACCUUUACUCAGGACAGCUAUCUUAAAAGGCACAAAAAGAUCCACACAGGAGAGAAAUCGUAUGAAUGCAUAGAGUGCGGAAAGACCUUUACUCAUGGCAGUAGCCUUAAAAGCCACAAAAAGCUCCAUACAGGAGAGAAACCAUUUAAAUGCAUGGAGUGUGGAAAGACCUUUGCUCAGGACAGUAAUCUUAAAAGGCACAAAAAGAUCCACUCAGGAGACAAACCGUUUAAAUGCAUGGAGUGUGGAAAAACCUUUGCUCAAAGUGGUCAUCUUAUUCUCCAUAAUAUGAUACACACAGGAGAGAAGCCGUAUAAAUGCAUGGUGUGUGGAAAGACCUUUACUCAGGACAGUGAUCUUAAAAGGCACAAAAAGAUCCACACAGGAGAGAAGCCAUAUAAAUGUAUGGAGUGUGGAAAGACCUUUACUCAGAGCAGUAGCCUUAGAAGCCACAAAAUGAUCCACGCAGUGGAGAAACCAUAUAAAUGCAUGGAGUGUAGAAAGACAUUUGCUCAAAGAGGUCAUUAUAUUUCCCAUAAGAUGAUCCACACAGGGGAGAAGCCAUUUAAAUGCAUGGAGUGUGGAAAGACCUUUGCUUAUAGCAAUGGACUCAGACAACACACAAAGAUCCACUCAGGAGAGAAACCAUUUAAAUGCACGGAAUGUGGAAAGUCCUUUGCUCAUAGAUAUAAACUUACUUCCCAUAAGACGAUCCACAUGAAAGAAGCCAUAUAAAUGCAUGUAAUGGGGAAAGACCUUUGCUCAUAGUUGACAUCUUAUUUCCCAUUAGAAAUUAGAUGAAAGAUUGUUGUUAUGUAGGAAUUAAAUACAAAGAAGGUUGACAAUUAGAAACAUAUUGAUAUAAUUAAAUAAGCUAAUACAAGAAAUUCAGUUAAAAUUGUUACACUAUCAUUAUUGUUACUAUGUUACCAUAUUGAUAUUUGUUUGUUCUUUUUCCUAAAUGAUAUGCCCUGACAAUACGCUGUAUUCAAAAUGUGUAUGAAUAAAAAUAAAACAUAUACUAAAAUAAAAUACCAUGCAUGAAAUGUGGAAAGAGUUUUGCUCCAAAUGGUCAUCUUCUCCUAAAAGGAUCCAUGGUUGGGAGAAACUACAUAGCAACAGCAAUUCCACUUAGACUUAUG